AUGCUGAUGAUUAUGGAACAAAGAGCCUCUAACGCACAAAGGACUGGACUGCUGCUGACAGUAUUCAUAUCUUUGAUUCUCUCGUGGAGCGGAGCCUUUGCGCAGAUAAGAUAUGCGAUACUGGAAGAAGUCAAGGAGGGUACAGUUGUGGGGAAUGUCGCCAAAGACCUGGGAUUAGAUAAAGGGACAUUAAAAGACAGAAAAUACCGGAUUGUGACUGAUGCUAAAGACCCACAUUUCCACGUAAAUCCAGAUGACGGAACCCUCUACGUGAGCCGAGAGAUAGACCGCGAAGAAGUGUGUGACGGGAGCAACACUUGUUUAUUAAAUCUUAAAACUGUACUGGAAAAUCCCCUCGAAAUUCACUAUGUUUCUGUGGAAAUCUUGGAUGUAAAUGAUAAUACUCCGAAUUUUCAAUCGAAAGAUAAAACGAUAGAUAUUUUCGAAUCUGUUACGAGUGGAAAAAGCUUCCUAUUACAACCAGCAAAAGACCCGGACAGUGGAGUUUUUUCUGUACAACAAUACAAAUUAAACCCCAACGAACAUUUCCGUUUAGAAGUUAAGGACAAGGGAAAAGAGGGUAAAAUCCCCAUACUAAUAUUACAAAAGCAAUUAGACCGGGAGACGGUAAGUAGGCAUUCUUUACUGCUGACAGCUUUAGAUGGAGGGAAACCGCCCAAAUCUGGUGAGAUCAAUAUUAUAAUAAAUGUAUUAGAUGUCAAUGACAACGCACCCAUUUUUACUAAAGACUCAUACUCUGGGAAACUGACUGAAAACGCCCCGGUUGGCACAACAGUGAUGCAAAUGAAUGCAACUGAUUUAGAUGAGGGUGUAAACGGAGAGGUGGUAUAUAGAAUUAGUGACAAUGUAAUGCAGGAAAUAUCUGAAACAUUUGAAAUAAUUACAUCAACAGGUGAAAUCAUUGUUAAAGGUGAAAUCGAUUUUGAACAAAAUGAUGAAUAUGAAAUUGAAAUUGAAGCGUCAGACAAAGGCCUUCCCCCACUAACUUCAGAAAAACACGUGAUAAUUAAAGUAGUAGAUAUGAAUGAUAAUGCUCCUGAGAUUGAAGUCACCUCGUUUUCCAGCUCCAUUCCUGAAGACUCUCGGCCCGGGACUACUGUGGCUCUGAUCAGUGUUAAUGACAGGGACUCUGGGCUGAACGGGAAAGUGACAUGUACAAUAGAAGGAGAUGUUCCCUUUACACUGUCUCCUUCCCUACAGGACAAAAUGUAUUCACUCGUGACUAAAUCCACUCUGGACAGAGAGACACAGUCACAGUAUGUACUGUCCAUAGCUGCCACAGAUCACGGCCAGCCCUCACUUAAAUCUGAAAAGAACAUAUUAAUUGUAAUUUCAGAUGUGAAUGACAACAGCCCCGAGUUUGUCCUUACUCCAUAUAGUUUUUAUAUCACUGAGGGCAAUGAAGCAGGAGCACAGCUGUUUUCAGUUCAGGCUAAUGACAAAGAUGAAGGUGAAAAUGCUCAUAUUUCUUAUCAUAUUUACAGAGAUGGAAGUGCAGAAAAUAAAGUGACUUCAUUUCUUAAUAUUAAUAGUGAAAAUGGGCAAAUCACAGCUCUGAAAAGCUUUGACUUUGAGACAUUAAAGUCGUUCCAGUUUCAAGUGGUGGCCUCAGACUCUGGGACUCCGUCACUGAGCAGCAACGUGACAGUGCAUGUGUUCAUUCUGGAUCAGAACGACAACGCUCCAGUCAUUCUGUAUCCAGUCAGCUCUAACGGUUCUGCUGAAGGAGUGGAGGAGAUCCCCCGCAAUGUGAACGCGGGACAUUUGGUGACUAAAGUCAGGGCCUAUGACGCUGAUAUCGGAUAUAAUGGCUGGCUGCUGUUUUCACUGCAGCAAGUGACUGACCACAGUCUGUUUGGGUUGGACCGCUACACAGGACAGAUCAGGACACUUCGCUCAUUGACAGAGACAGACGAGGCCGUGCACAAACUCGUCAUACUGGUCAAAGACAAUGGCAACGUGUCCCUGUCAGCUACAGCUACUGUGCUUGUCAAAGUGGUGGAGCCCAGAGAGGCUUUUGCAGCUUCUGAUGUUAAGAGCUCCACUAAAGACUCUGAGGACACUAAUGUGACUUUUUACCUCAUGAUAACUCUGGCCUCGGUCUCAGCUCUGUUCAUUAUCAGUAUCAUUGUGCUGAUUGCAAUGCAGUGCUCCAAGUCCAGCACUGACUACACGUCCAAGUACUUACAGGACACAAACUAUGACGGGACUCUGUGCCACAGCAUCCAGUACAGAUCUGGAGACAAGCGCUACAUGUUAGUUGGACCCAGAAUGAGCGUAGGAUCCACUAUAGUCCCAGGGAGUCAAGCCAACACACUGGUGCUGCCUGACAGGAGGAGGCCCUCUGAGGAGGUAAGAGAUCGAUUAAAAACAUGUAUUCUCUAA